AUGUGGCUCUUCACUCUGGUCCUGGCUUCCCUCAUCACUUACAUGGCUUUUGGACACCCAUCCUUAUCACCUGUGGUAGACACCAUGCAUGGCAAAGUCCUAGGGAAGUACAUCAGCUUAAAAGGAUUCACACAGCCUGUGGCCAUUUUCCUGGGUGUCCCCUUUGCCAGCCUUCCUCUUGGAUCCCUGAGGUUUGCUCCACCAAAGCCUGCAGAGCCAUGGAGCUUCGUAAAGAAUGCCACCUCCUACCCGCCCAUGUAAGACACUGACUGGACUGGGCUUGGGUCUCUUUCCGUGGGGUCUUCUGUCUUAGACAGAUGUAGGAAGGGGUCAAGGCAAUCCUCUGAUUGCUACUGGAGCGAUAUUUACUCUCCCGCUGACCUGACAAGCAAAGGCAGGCUGCCGGUAAUGGUGUGGAUCCACGGAGGUGGUUUGCUGUCUGGAGGGGCAUCAACUUUUGAUGGACUAGCCCUGUCUACUCAAGAAAAUGUGGUGGUGGUGACCAUUCAGUACCGCCUGGGCAUCUGGGGUUUUCUCAGCACAGGGGAUGAGCACUGCGGAGGGAACUGGGGUCACUUGGACCAAGUGGCUGCACUACAAUGGGUCCAAGACAACAUUGCCAGCUUUGGAGGGGACCCAGACUCUGUGACUCUCUUUGGAGAGUCAGCAGGAGGUGAAACUGUCUCUGUUCUUGUUUUAUCUCCCCUAGCCAAGAAUCUCUUCCGUAGAGCCAUUUCUGAGAGUGGUGUGGCCCUUACUCCGUGUCUGUUCAGGAAGAGUACCAGACGUGGGGCUGAGCAAGUUGCCAUUGCUACCGGGUGUCGGGCCACGACAUCAGCAGACAUGGUUCAUUGCCUGCGCGGGAAGACAGAGGAUGAACUCUUGGAAACAACGCUAAAAAUGCCCCUGCCUUUGUCUUCACGGAAAUUUUUUGCUCUUGAUUUUCUUGGAGACCCCAGAGAGAGCUAUCCUUUCCUAACCACUGUGAUUGAUGGAGUGCUGCUGCCUAAGGGGCCAGAAGAGAUUCUGGCUGAGAAGAAUUUCAACACUGUCCCAUAUAUUGUGGAGAUCAACAAGCAAGAGUUUGGCUGGUUCAUUCCAACGAAAGUCAAUUCAUUUUAACUUAAAAUUGGCUUAGAAAAGGGAAAAUGUGUUUCUCUUGUGUUAAAAUCUUUCCAUCUCCUAAAAAUCUCUCAGGAACUGACUCCAGUGGCCACUGAGAAAUAUUUGGGAGGAUCAGACUGCCAUGCCAGUAAGAAAGACUUAUUUAUAGACUUGAUGGGAGAUGUGUUGUUUGCUGUUCCAUCUGUGAUUGUGGCCAGCUAUCACAGAGAUGCUGGAGCCCCCACCUACAUGUAUGAAUUUAAGUAUCGUCCAAGCUUCGUAUCAGACAUGAGACCUAAGACAGUGGUAGCAGACCAUCGUGAUGAAGUUUACUCUGUUUGGGGAACACCAUUUUUAAAAGAUGGUGCCUCAGAAGAGGAGAUCAACCUCAGCAGGAUGCUGAUGAAGUUCUGGGGCAACUUUGCUCACAAAGGACCCCAACGGGAGCGGCUGCCCCAUUGGCCAGAGUAUGACCAGAUGGAAGGAUACCUACAGAUUGGUGCCAUCACUCAGUCAGCCCAGAAACUGAAAGACAAAGAAGUGGCUUUCUGGACCAAACUCCGAGCAAUGGAAGUGGUAGAGAAACCAACCAAUGGAGACACUGAGAAAUGA